AUUAUCGUAAUUAAUGUUGCUAAGCGUUGCUAAUAUCACGCCCCUCUUUCAGAUCAAUCAGGGUCAUUGUCGUGACAGAGACGAAGUUCCUUUCACUCAAAUGUUAUAAGUUUCAUUUAAUAAUUUCAUGUUAUUUCCACAAACUUUCUGCUGGAAAGUCACAACUUGUAAAACUCAUUCUGAGUACCAUCCAGUCAUCCAGCAUCAUGGGGCCAUCUUUUUCUAUGAUAAUCUCUGCCGUGUUCUUCUCCUAUAUUGCUUAUUCAUUAUGGGUAAUGGUUGAGAUAUUUUACCCUAAACCAUGUGAAGGACCACCAAAAUCCUGCCUCACCUCCUACUUGGUUGUCAGACCGAAACCCACAUUUGGGCUCAGACUUUACACAUCCACAAGAUACCUGGCUCCUAGUGAACAGGACUUAACCUUGGUCUGGGACUAUCACAAUUUUUCUUUAACAGAACCUACUAAUGGUGUUGUCAAUGUUACGCUUCCCUUGAAAACGAGAAGAAAUGGUACCCUUUACGGUCAUAUAUUUUUCUUCCUGCGAGGACGAGACCCAUUUCUUGAUAAACACACUGUUCACACCCAGGUACCUCUCACCAGCUAUUCACUGCCCGAAUCAAAAGUUGUUAAUCUUUUAACAGAUAAAACUCCAAAUGCCUCAGUUGAGCUCAAUCAGAAACCAGUUAGUCACUGGCGAUCAAAAAUCACGAUAAAUGUUGUUCAAGAAGACUUAUCUCUCAACAGGAACGCCAUACCUGGAGAGCUUUAUCGCUAUAUCAAAUUUUCACCUGAGGGAUUUUAUCUACCAAUUGUAUUCAUUGAUGAACUCAGUAACAGGUUGUCUGAUCUUCAGAUCAUUAACACUACAACUAGAACCAUGUCGCUGAAAGUGAGUUAUGCACCUAUCUCCAUUGGAAAAUUAAGACUUUGGACCAGUAUGAUGGAUUCUAUGAAGGCCAUGAAAACACUUGGUUUCAAAGAAAAAGAUGUCGAUGAACUGAAAGGCAUCUUCACCGAUACUAAUUUGGCUCUGUUGUUGUUGACAUUUGCUGUAUCUACACUUCAUUUGCUCUUUGAUUUCCUGGCCUUUAAGAAUGAUAUCAAUUUCUGGAGAGGCAAAAAAUCCAUGGAAGGUCUUUCAUCAAGAGGUGUUGUGUGGAGAUGUGUCUCAACAAUGAUCAUCUUCCUGUUUCUGUUGGACCAAGAAUCAAGUUUACUUGUACUUAUUCCGGCUGGGAUUGGAGCUUUCAUUGAGGUGUGGAAAGUUAAAAAAGCAUUCAAAUUGAAUAUAACAUGGUCUGGUUGGAAACCUUUCUUUGAAUUUGGAAAAGUAUCAGAUAAAGAAAAACAAACUAAUGAAUUUGAUUCUGAGGCUAUGAAGUAUUUGUCAUAUGUACUCUAUCCUCUAUGUAUAUGUGGUGCUAUAUAUUCCUUAAUAUACAUCCAAUAUAAAAGUUGGUAUUCCUGGUUUAUCAAUUCUCUAGUAAAUGGUGUUUAUUUGUUUGGCUUUCUCUUCAUGUUACCACAACUCUUUGUAAACUACAAGUUAAAAUCAGUGGCUCAUCUUCCAUGGAGAGCAUUUAUGUAUAAGGCCUUCAACACCUUCAUUGAUGACGUGUUUGCCUUUAUCAUUACAAUGCCAACAGCUCACAGACUCGCAUGUUUCAGAGACGAUGUUGUAUUUUUGAUUUAUCUUUACCAAAGAUGGUUAUAUCCUGUGGAUAAGACCAGAGUCAACGAAUAUGGUAUGUCUUAUGAAGAAGACAAAGUCAAAACUGAUUCAAAGAAGAAGAAGAAAGAUGAAUAAGAGAUGUUUAAGUGACUCUGAAAUAUUGUUGUUUGGUUCUGCCAGCCACAGGAAUUUUCCAAAACGAUGCACAAAAAACAAAACAAACAAAAAAAUCCACCCUUACCAAGAACACUUCUUCCCUGAUUUGUGUAUCGACUUAUAUGUUUGUUAUUGUCUGUAAUAAGUCUCCUCUUUAUUGCCCUUAUUUUCCCCUCUUCCUUGUGUCACAUUUUCUCUUUUACUCUCUCCCUCUUGGCCUCUGUAUCAUAUUAUCUCUUACUUUUCUCUCUCUCUCUCGAAAAUAUCUUUCUUAAGAAGCUGUACUUUAGUCGGUGCAGUGUUGCUGUCCUGCUUACAGAGAAAACAACGCAAAGGAGGGAACCCAUUCCUGGUAUUCAGAAUUUCGUGUUUUUUUGUCAUGUCUCCUACAUCAUCUUUUUCCUCCUUCUCCUCCUCCAUACGAGGCCAUUUCAAAUGUAAUUAUUGUCAGUCUCCUAUAUUUAUUUAUAUUUAUAUAUUUUUUUGUGUGUGUGUCUUCAAAACAACAGAAUUUGCUGUUUUUGCGAGACAUUCCAAAGACUAUCCACACUGUUGUUAUUGUUGUUUACCCCAGGUCAAACCUGAUUGAGCGUACCUACGAUCAUAGAUAUUCCAGCAGUAACCACCUUGUCUUUUUUGUAUAUCAAGGGCUACAUCAUUUAGCAGGUCAACCAAUCAUGUAGUGUCUCCCUCAUCGACUCAUUGUCUAACACAGUAUCACAAACUUUUGUAGAAGUAGCCAUGGCAAAUCAACCAAGAUUUUGAAAGUGAAAAAGCUAUGAUGCAUUCUCCUAAUGUGUGAUGUUUCAAUGAAGCAGACUUGUGUUUUGUAAUAAUACUUUUGGCUUAGAAUGUCAGAAGAUAUUGUGAACAGACUUUUAACCUAUGAAUUCAUUUAGUUCUUUUGAUUCAAUCAAUCAACGAACAUACAUUUGGGAUGAGGAAUGUCUGGGAUCGGAAAGUGAUAGAGUAUAAAUAUAUUGAUGAGUCUGGGUUAUUGGCAGAGAGUUGGUGGUGUGGGGAAAGAGGGCUAGCUGACAGAAACGUUAGCCCGCCGGGUGAAAUGCUUUGCGGUAUUUCGUCUGCUGCUAUGUUCUGAGUUCAAAUUCCGCCGAGGUUGACUUUGCCUUUCAUCCUUUCGGGGUCGAUUAAAUAAGUACCAGUUAUGCACUGGGGUCGAUAUAAUCGACUUAAUCCAUUUGUCUGUCCUUGUUUGUCCCCUCUGUGUUUAGCCCCUUGUGGGUAGUAAAGAAAUAGGUGUGGGGAAAGAGGGACGGAGAAACUGCUAAUUAAGCUUAAAAAAUACAAGAGGCAUUUGAGGACAUAUUUGCUGACUUAAUAAAUUAAUCAAAUGUAUUUCAAUUAAGAAUUGUGCACAUGUUCUCGAUAUAAGCUUUCUUGUAAGAUUAUUCCAUGAAUCUACGUUCAGCUUUGAUGACUGCUCCAAUGCUGGACCAGAAUCAUUGACAUGCCUCAUUAAAUGGUCAUUAUUCAUUUUGAAAUCACCUGGACAAUGGCAGCCUUCAGGGAAUCUGUGGUGCUGUGAAGAUUUCGGUUAGUCUCCCUUCCAGCUAAUGCUCCAAAUAUAGUCAUCCAUAGGAUUUAAAUUUGAUGAAUUUGGAGGCCACAAGUUUGGUGAUACACAAUCAUUAUGUUUGCCUGGCAUAAUUUCUUGGGUUGUGUGGUCUUUGUGAGAAGGUGCUGAGUCGGAGUGAAACACAUAUGACCAUCCACUAUGUACUUCAUCCAUCCAGCAGCAUUGAUGCUAAGAGCCUGUGGAAAGCUGUGAGGUGACAUGACAUGACCUUUGUCACUGACCCCUCCUGAAACCAUCACAGUUGCUGGUAACUUAGUGUGCAUCACUCUUUGGGGCAUCUGUCAUUUCUCCUGUUGGACUUUUGAUCUUUGUUGAAGUAUUUCUUAUCAGAGAAGAACCGAAACAUGCCAUGUUUGUGAGAGUUUUUAACCAUGUUAAGUAACCUCUUGGCACAGAUUAACCCUUUCGUUACUAACCUGGUUGAAACCACCUCUGGCUCUGUGGUACAAAUAUCUUGUUUUCAUAAGUUUUGAAUUAAAAUUUUCCACUAAACCUUAGUCACAAUUUAUGUUCC